AUCGCCUCCUUUCAUUCUGCCGGCGACCCUCGUGGAUGCUGCUGCUACUCUCUGCUCUCGAUAUAUAUCUCGUCGAGUGUUCACCUGGCCGCGCAUGAGGUCGCACUUCUUGCCGCAGCAGCUGUGGAGCCGUGCCGAAGAGUGAAGUAAGUGAUGGCAAUCAAGCUGCAGAUUGUGUUUGUGGUGCUGCUCGUGCUGUGCUCCUCUUUCGGCGAGCAACCCGAUGGACCCUACAGGUUGACCGCAACCGCCGACCAGUACGUGAGCCUCAGCGAGAAACACUUUCCACCCCAAGGUCCUAACUCAUCGCGCGAUUCUUACGUGAUUACUGGGCCUCAAGAUGUGGAUGACUCAGGACACUUCAGCCUCAGGAGCAGACCAAAUGCUUUGGUGUCAGAAUUCACCCAGGAAGAAAUCCGCCGAAUGGACGUGGUGUACGUGCCGCCAGCCGCCCACCUGGUACCAGUCGAACGCACCGUUUAUUUCGAUUUGAAAAAAGUGAACGCGCGAGGGCAAGAGCAGCCGGUGCAGUUCGCUGUCACGCUGCUGCCGCUGGACCAGCACACUGAUCACUUCGGGCCAAGGUUCAAGAUUGCCAAUCCAACACUCACAGCUCCUGUGGAGUCACCAGUCGUUAACAUAUCACGCAAAUACUUUGAGGUUGACGGGUUCAGCGAUGCCCACAUUCAAUUUAUGGUGGUCGAGGAGCCGGCGCAAGGUUCACUGGUCCUUCUUCAUCCCAACGGAUCCGCAGCGCCUCUCACUGGAGCCGACGAGUUUUCCAACGUGUUGGUGAGUCAGGGCGCCGUGGUGCAGUACCGUCAGGGCACUCCUGGCUCGGCCCUGGAGGACACCUUUGAGCUGAUGGCCACCGACAGUCAAGUGGAGGCGUUCAACCGCAUCCUCCUGCGGUUCACCUCUCCGCCGACGAGCUCCUCGCCUGCCGAGUCGAAGCGGGGCUCGGACCGACCUGAGGUGGUAAGCCUUCAGGUCAGCGAAGGGCAGCGCGUGGUGCUCGCCUCGGACUACUUCUCCUACGCCCUGAGCGGUGGCGGCGGCCGCAGAGACGUCACCUACACCCUGAUGGACGCGCCCGUCUACGGUGUUCUGGUGCUCAGGGUGCGGCCAGGAGAGGAGCACGAACUGGCACAGGGUAGCACCUUCCGCCAGGACGACGCAAACCAGGGUCGCCUCGAGUACAGGGCGGCCCCUGAGAUAGGCCUACGCGCCGUCACCGACAGGGUGCCACUCACCAUCGGCGACUCCACGGGAACCAGGUACCGGCCGCAGAUGCUAGCGAUCACCAUCGCGCCGGAGGACAAUCAGGCUCCGAUUGUGACUGUCAAUGGAGAUAUUGAGGUGCGAGAGGGUGGAAGUGAAAUUCUGCCCCAGAAACUGAUCACCGUCAGCGACCCUGACUCGCCGAAUGAGCGCUUGAUUUUCGUUCUUGAAACACCUCCGACGUUUGGAUACCUAGCAGCAAACUACAACGGCGCAAAGCAGUCCCCUGCGGGCCAGUUUCCAGUGGACGCACUGGACAGCGGUUCAAUCAAAUACGAUCAAGCUUUCCACUUGAACUCGGAGCCGCCUCGGGACGUACUCUUCUUCCGCGUGACCGACGGCAGGAAUCGAUCGCCGCUGAUGCGUCUCAACGUCAAUAUCGAGUUGGUGAACGACGAGAUGCCGCUGAUAAUGACCGAGACAAUGGAGGUCGACUCCGGUUCAGGCGCUCUAAUUAGGAAUUCCUCGCUGUACGUGAGCGACUUUGACACGCCGCCCGCGCAACUCGUGCUGACAAUCUUGCAGGAGGCCAGCUUUGGAAGCAUCCAAAGAAGGACUUCAUCAGAUAGGCUCCUGCGAAACGGCGCGAGGCUCGCUGCUGGUGACUCAUUUACGUACCAAGACGUAGUCGAUGAACUGAUUUUCUUCAAGCCCACGCCUGACAGCGCUGCUGUUGGCAUAUCGCACGAUUCGACAGUUUUAAGUGUUACCGACGGCGACUUCCAGAGUCAAGCUUCACUGACGUUUAAUUUGACGAUGAGGAAGUCCCAUGAUGCUCCAGCCACGCAGAUUUUCGAGUUUUUCAUUCUCAAUGGUGCGGUAAAAACCGUGUCUGCGGAAAUGCUCUGGACAGCGGAAGAAGGGGACGCACAAUUUAUUCUUAUGGAAAAUUUGCGACCCGGACUUUCCCUGCAGACUAAACAAUCCGGUAGAUGGAUCAGCCUGAGACAAGGCGACUAUUUUUCUACCAGUGACGUACUCCAUGGUUUCAUUAGAUUAAAGCACGAAUCUGGAUUUGACUCAUUGGUUUACGUGGUGAAGCUGCGCGUUGAGAGAGAAAACCAAUUCGUUGGCGCACGCAUUUACUACGUCAAAGUGAACGAGAAUUUGGCGGCACCCUGGGUGGACGUGAAUACAGGCCUUGAGGUGCCAUUCAGUUCGACGGUCAAAGUGAAUGUCAGCCAGUUGUCUGCGUUCGACUUGGAUUCGGAUCCAAAAGAGUUGCGAUACAAAGUUUUGGAUGAUCCGAUAAGCGGUUGGUUUGAGGUGAAUGGCACUGGCCGAUCUCAGCAGUGGACACAAAAUGACUUGGAAGCUGGAAAAUUGAAGUUCCAUCACAGUGGAAAAAAUGACGUAAAGGUCGAAAGCUUAGACUUUGAAGUCACUGAUGGACGAAAUACAGUGCCUGCGAAAAUGAGCGUUCAGAUCCAUGGUGCUAAAGAGCAGAAAAUCAGCAUUCCUAUGCUGCAAGAAGUGCGGAGUAUUAAGGUGAAUAGCGGAUCACGCGUCAAAAUUACGCAGUUUGAGUUGUUGGUUACGGACGACACUGCGACUUUUGCCGACUUAUUGUUUGACGUCACGGUACUUCCUGAACACGGCAAAAUUGAAAUCCAGCGCCCUGAAGGUUUUGUUGAAGAAAGGGGAUUUUCAAUGCUUGAUGUAUUAGAAGGUCGGGUUUUUUAUUUGCACAAAGUCGAGAGAGUCACGAAAGAUCAAUUCCAAUUGAUACUCAGCGUCAAGGGGCAGAGGGUUGCUUAUAUCGACGAGACAACCCAAUCAACUCUGUCUGCGCCAAUUAUUAUCCCGGUGGAAAUAAUUGAGAGCAAUGGACCGAUUUUACUGGUGAACUCGGGACUGGAUUAUCUGCAAAGGGUCGAGGACAAAGUUAGUGGAUUCUUAUCCAUCAAACACUUGGAUGCGGUCUCAAAUGACACGCCGGCGAAAAAGCUCACGUACACAGUGACCAAGCAACCCAAUUUCGGUCUUUUGUACACGACCACCACCUUCCCUGAGUCACCCACUUCAGUUUUUACGCAAGAUGACGUGAAUGCAGGAAGAAUUUACUAUCACCUUGACAGUAACGUUGAUAGUUUUCAAACUAAAGACGAAUUCAGUUUUGAAAUCAGCGAUGCCGACUCAAAAACUUUGUCUGGAAACAUCUUUCGCAUUCAGUGGGCUUGGAUCAACGUGGAGCGAGCAACCUACAAUGUCUCAGAAACUAGUUCAGAGCUUUACAUUAAGAUAGUGAAGAACGGAGGCUUCAUUAAAGACAGCACGUCAGUCGAAUGUGCGAUAGUAGAUAACUCCAUUUACGGGGCAACUAGGAACGACGUUCAACUUAAGCACUCGAUGGUCCAGUUUGAUAACUUUGAUACGGAGGAGUUCUGCGUGCUGCAAAUAAAAGACAACCAAGUGUUUCAAGGAAAAAGAGACGUUAUUGUUGAAAUAUUUAAUCCGUCUAAAGCGAUCCUUGGUCCUCAGCACAGGACACAAGUAUCUCUUUAUGACGAAGAGGACCGACCGCAAAUCACUUUCAGAAGUCGACAAAUCAUUGUGGAAGAAGAUAAGGGACCGUUGAAAAUUGAAGUUUUUCGGAGCGGGGAUUUAAGCUUUACUAGCUUCGCGAUAUGUUCUACUCAUGCCGGCAGUGCUAAAGGCGACACAGAUACUGGUUUGAAUCCCGAUUUUAUUAGCCGCACUAAAUCAGCAGGAUCAUCAGUAAUUUUCGUGAAAGAGUCAUCAAAAGCAAUAUGCGAAAUUGAUCUCAUCGACGACUCCCUUUACGAGCAUUCAGAAGACUUUUAUGUUCUCCUUUCUGAGCCUGACCACAAUUCAGCUCUUGGCGCAAUCGUUAAAUUAAAAGUUGUAAUUACCGGGCCAAACGACGUCAGUUUAAUUUACUUUUCGCAAGAGGAAUAUGCCGUCAAAGAAAAUUCAGGCACUUUUGAGUUGGCCAUUACUAGGGUCGGCUCUGAUUUGAGUUAUAUUUCCUCCGUGUGGUGCACAACCCAGCCAAUUGACGCACGACCAAAUGAAGACUACGUUCCUAUCUCACAACAGGUGAUGUUUGAUCGGGGCGAGAGCGAAAAUUGGUGUCGGCUGUCUUUGAUCGACGACAGCGCUGAGCCUUCGCUGGAAGGACCGGAGAGGCUGCACGUGAUUCUUUCCUCCCCUGAAGCAUCUUUGCUGUCAGACCCUUCACGCGCUGUCGUCGUCAUUGAUGAUACGACUGUCGACAUUCCCACCUUUGAGUUCCAAGACUCGACGCUUCGAGUAUAUGAGAAUGAAACAGAGGCGCAAGUGAUGAUUGUACGGCAUGGUGACACGAGCGUUAAAGCCAGCGUGAAAUGUUUCACGAGGGAGAGAAAGGCGAAAGGAAACGAAGAUUACGUGGAAAGGCCGCGAAACGAGGAGUCAAGGGUUAUUUUUGACGCUGGACAAGAAACAGCGAACUGCACCGUGGUCAUUUUGGACAACAACGUUUAUGAAGGCGAGGAGGGUUUCAUCCUGGGUCUGUCUGACCCUGUGUUUGAGACGUCCGAGGGAGAAAGUGUGGCCCUAAUUGGCGAUAGAGCCAUGAUGAGAGUGUUCAUCGAGGACAAUGAGGACGCACCAAAGGUGGCGUUUGAUAAAAAGUUCAUUAUCAUGGACGACGAUGAAUACGAUUCAAAAAUCGUAACCGUGCGACUUCACAGAAAAGGCGACAUCUCCGCACCAGCGGUGCUCAAUUUGCAGACUAGAGACGGCUCUGCAAAGUCGGGAUCAGAUUAUCAUCCGGUUUCAAAACAACUCACUAUCCCAGCGAAUGUGGACCACGCUGAAGUCAAUCUGACGGUUUAUGCGUCCAACAGCGAGGAUAGUCGCGAAGAACGCUUUUACCUCACGGUGACCGCAAGUGAUAGCAACGACAGCAAAGAAGUGGCGAUCAUCGUCCAAACGAAAAUGCACGAAGCCAUCGUCCUGCCUUCGCAGCCUGUCGUCGUGUCCUUGCUCAACUAUGACAAUGCCUCUGCGGCCCUUGGCUCGAAGCCCGUCGCAGGAUAUCCUGUAGUUUGCAUCACUCCUUGCGAGGAAAGACACCCGCACUUCCAGAGUACUAGAAUACUUUGCGAGGGCAAGAACAUGACUAUGCAAUACUUCUGGGAGGUUGCCAUCCCCAACGAAUGGCACCCGCUGCGCUACAAUCCCUUCAAGCGGCUCUCCAAGGCAACCAUCUUCACAGACGUUGAGGGAAAAGUUUUGGACCCGGUCUACUUCAACACGCACUUCAAUGUGCGCUGUGGCGUCCAGCCAAUGAAGCCGAACGGUCGAACGGGAAUUCCCAUCAAGAGCCAGCACGUCACCAUUGGCUCGAGCCAGGGCAUUUGCCGGAGGGACGAGUUCUUCGAGGACACGCACGUAAGGAGCCAUGUACUCAACGCCAACCUGUUUUACGUAAACGCUUCAGCGGAGAGACACCCAAACACGGUGCACAUCAAGAUUGAGAUUCCACAUUCGGACGGAAUGCUGCCCUUGAUAUCAACGCAGCCUUUGCACAACGCACAGACCCUCCUCACCGACCCUUUGUACGUCAGGCACCAUACAUGUUCCAACUUGCUAGUGGACUCCACCUUUUUAAAACAAACUGGAAAGCUGGAGCACCCCACAACCUGGCCAUAUCAGCUCGAUGAGAGCCUCAGAGGACACAAUACGGUCGAGCUGUACAGGAAUUUGGACAUCAGAAGCUGCCUUUGGAAAUUCAACGCUUGGUUCCACAUGACGGAGCUUUUGGAUUUUUGUCACGGAAAGGUUAUUUCAGAAUUCAAGGUGGCUGAGGGUGGAAAAAGUCAGAUGACGAUCGAGGUGCCUCUGUAUGUUUCUUACAUUACUUCAAGCGGGGCUGAAGAAUGGACCACAGUUGAGCACAGAACAGCCAUGGAGGUGUCUUUCCUCUAUUCUCCGCUAGCAUGGCACAAAGGUCUACAAACUGAGACCAAGCACUCAGCGAAUGUGAAGGUCACGCGGGUAUUGGCUAAUGAAAACGGUCAACUGGUCAUUGAGCUGACCACGCACGCACUCUUCCGCGGCCACUUUGUCUUGACCAAUCACAAGCACAAGUCUAGUCUAAUGCCACCGAGAGAAAUGGCUAACCUCAACUUUCGGCUUGACCUUCUCUGGAGCGAGACCACCUGGGACGGGCCCCGGCAGCAGUGGCGAGCGACCUCAGACUCAAGUCGUCCUGACUACUCGGGUCUCUACCACUUGAUGCUGGUGCCCUGCACCGUGGCGCAGAACACGCAGUUCUCAAUUGGUGACAAGCAGAAAAAGUGCUCGUCGCAUCCGCCAGUGCAGUUUCCGCUCAACAUCAAUUUCAAGAUGCCCGCGCGGCCUGUGCCAGCGAAAUACGCCCUAGAGACCGAAUUUCGAAUCACAAACAACCCCAGCCAGUUUAUCGCCACACCUGAUGAGGAGACCUAUGUAAACGACGAAGCGUGGCAAUUCAGCCCCGGGGAGAUUGUGUAUGGCAAAGUCAUGUGGCACCCUGCGCAAGACCUGAAGAGCGCGUACCGUCUAACGAUUGACAGGGUCCUUUUAUGCACGGCCAAGGACGGCGCCGAGCUGAUGGUCGACCCUGCCGGCGAGUACUACGGACAUGGAACACAAAUUGGCUGCCUCCAGCCAUCGAAAAUGCUCGCACACCGCUUCGUGCUUCUGGACAGAGAAAAUCCAGAAAUAGAGGACGACGGUGUUCAAGGGGUAUCGUUUGACGCGCACUUUGCAAAAGAAGAUGCUGAGUUUGCGAAAAUGGAGUCGCAACCCGGCGUCGAUGGUUUCAUGUGGAAAGUGGAUCCACUCUACAAAAUCAACUCGGGACAUGAGUGGCUACUGCAGGUUUUGUUCCGGAUCAGGAUAACAAGUCCUGGACGGUUGAAGCGGUCCUCAACCUUACAGUGGGAGCAGCGCUACGUCGCGAAGGGAGUGAGGCUGACGCGUCCGCCACAGCUCCAGGAAGCAGGGUGGAGCGUCGCAGACUAUUUCUACCCGACGUUGGUCGCGUGCGGUGCGAGUGUCGCGGUGUCGGUGCUGGUGGCACUUAUUGCGAGGACAGCAUUCCGAAAUUCGUACACAGUGACCACUCCGGUAGAGGUGUAAGGAAAUAAGCUUUUUGUGUACUAACUCACUGUUACAACCUGUAGGCGCAAUCGAAGACUGAUUAUUAUUUAUUUUUACUUUACUACCGCUUAGUUGUAUGUCGAUUUUUUAAUUAAACACCUCAAAACGAUGAGUUUUGAAGUUCUUGUCUGAAAGGUGGUUUUUAAAUAAAUGAGACCCAUUACGUUCUGUCUAUGAAAGAUC